AUGCCACAUUCACAAAACGGCUCGCGCGACCAGCCGCCCGUGCCCAUCUCCAUCACCAUCUGUGGCGACGGUGGCUGCGGCAAAUCAUCCAUCACUCUCCGUCUCGUCCGCUCCCAGUGGACGUCCGAGUACGAUCCCACCAUCGAGGACAGCUACAGCGUCACCCGCCGCAUCGAUGGCGUCACGUACCACUUGGGCCUCACCGAUACGGCCGGCCAGGAAGAGUACCGCGGCAUGUGGGCCUCGUCCAAUCUCGGCGCCGAUGCGUUCUUGAUGGUCUACGACAUCACGUCGCGCGACUCCCUGGACGCCCUUCAGUACUUCAACGACCUGAUUGACAUGGAGGCCGAGACCCGUUUGGACAAUGCUGCGCGUGCCCGCAAGGCCGGGGUGCCUCUGCGGGACAUCACGUCGAGCGGCAGCAGCGGCGCCCGCGCGGUCGCGCCUGUCAAGAUCGUCGCCGGCAACAAGUGCGAUCUGCAAGAGAGCCGCGUGGUGCCGGCAGCCAAGGGGCUCGACUGGGCGCGGCGGCGCGGGUGCGGGUUCAUGGAGACGAGCGCGCGGCUCGAGGUCAACAUUGAAGAGACGUUUGCGCUCAUUGUGCGGCGCGUGGUGGAGGCACGGCGGCUGGCGGCGCUGGGCGGCGCAGAACACGACCCCAACCAGCGCAUGGACCGGCGCGGUAUGACGAAGCCGCUGAGUCCACUACCAGCAGGUUCUUCGAGCACAGGGCACGAUGCAUACAGCGGUGGCGACGCCCGCCAGCAUUCUGGCGAGAAAGACGCCCACGGCAACACGAUACCUGGGCGGCAGGUGGGCGUGCGGGGUCCACGGAUCGACGGGGACCAGGUCGGCCGCGGUGCAAAUCCAGGGUUCUGGAAGACGUUGCGGUGUUGGUGA